UAAAAUUCCACUGUGGUGGGAAUAAACUGAAAUUAGAUCAAAGAUUUCCGGAUAAUUAAGAGUUCCAAACCAAAACCUUUAUUGCUGCUUUUCGCUUGACUCUACUAUUUAAUUUUUUUUUUUUAUUCCCAGGCAAACAGGGCAGUGCUUCACACAGGAAGCCAAAUUUACCUAUCAAAAACAACAACCCAAAUUGAAAACGUAACAAGAGCCGAACCGCAUUUGCAUCCGCUGCGAUUCCCCGCGCAAACCUGGAGCAGCCCGCGAGCAGAGGGCUCAGGAGGCGCCUGGCUGGCUGAACGCUUCCUCCGCGGACACACGCAGGCCUAGCACAGGUGGAUGGAACUGGCGGAUUUGGGGUGUGAGGCGCCAGCUCCUCUGCCCUGAAGCAGCUCAGCGCCUAGUUUUGGGUUAGGAGCUGCGGAGAAGCCGGCUGGCACAGGUGCCAAAGAGCGAGCCCGUGGCUGUGGCACUGCUGCCGAGGUCCCCCUGCUCAGCCCCAUGCUCUGAUGGAGAACAGGAGCCUGCAGCUCCCGCGCUAUAAAAGCCAGGCGAGGCCCGGGGUGGGGCUGGCGUCAGCGGGAAAUGUCUCCCUGGCAGCAGAUUAGCUUCACAGGAAACCUGUCCUCGACAGCCUGCCCAGCGAGAAAACUCCAAGGAGAAGCUGAGGACAAACAACAUCUCGAAGACAGUUCAUGGGGACUGUACCAGAUCCUCUGAGAUCUGCCAAGCUUUCCCUGGUCUCAACUUCUACAGAGGAGGAGCACCUGGGAGACCUGCAGCCUGCUAAGCACCAGCCCCAACCCCCCAGUGAUGAGAGGGCCAGCAAUGGCUUCCCGUGCGCUCCGUCCAGCUCAGCUGGGCUUUGCUUGUUCGACCUGAACUGCACAGGUGCUGCCAGCACACAGAGCUGUGAGCAGUGCCACACAGACAAUGACAGCCAGCAGGAAGCCUUUUCUCCCAGGCUGGCCAGCACAACUGCAGAGGGGCAUCCUGCAGAUGUAAAGCCUGCUGGUUGCUCCCAUCCAGCGGGCUUCCAGGCACCGGCAGCGCCAGCCCUUGCUGCAGCAGGAGCCCUCUUGGUGGGGUCAGGGCCAGAGAUGAUGCCAGCCCCACAGAGCUCCCGGCAGUUUGUGCAAGGCAGCCAGGCCAAAACGAGCUCCCUGACACAGAUAGAUGACUCUGCCCUGAAACCUCAGGGAACUGAGGAUCAGCCAGCGCUUGAAGUGUUAAAUUAUUCUUCCCCGGGUGAUCCUGUCGGGGUUAAUCAAUUCUGUCAUACUUCUCAGGCAAACCUUUUGCAAACAGGGGAAAAAGACAGGGUAGCAGAAAAAAAUGGUUCUGCCGUGUGUCAGUCAGCCUUGCCAGCAAGGCAAACCGAAGCUGAGCUGGGGAGAAACCUGCAGACCAGUCUGGAGGCAAAAAGCAGCACUGCAGACACAGCGCAGCUGCAUCCCCCAGAUAAAGCUGAAGUGGUGCAGAGCAGCGAGGCACCGGCCCAGUCUGGCCACGGGAGUCCACAUCCUGUACACAACCUGGACCCCAUGCCUGGGAGUCCAAACCCCACCCAGAUCUCCAAAUUCAGAGAAACAGGUACAAUGACAGCUCAGCCAGAGAGCAGCCCUUUUACUCAGGAAGCUGUAAGCAGGACAUGGCGGGAUGCUGAGGUUCAGGCUGUGGCUACUGUGGAGAGCAAAUCAGCUUCCACCAGUCCCAGCAUCUUUGCUGCCUUCCUAAAAGGGAAUCCUCCUCCAGAGGAGAAGGAAGAACUGCACAUAAUUUACCAAGGAGGUACGGGGCUGAGCCAGGCUGCAGUUACUGACAGUUCAUCCUCACAACAGUUUCCCUGUUCUCCUGGUAUCACAUCAAAAUCGACUGUUGUGGCUGUGACUGCUUCAGCCCAAACCCAGCCUGUCAAACUGCCUGGGGUCCCAUCUGACGUGGCGUCUCCAGUAUCAGCAGAUAAUGCAAAACCUGUUCUCCCCUGCUCCCCUGCAGCUGUUACCUCCCAAGGAGCAUCUGUGGGUAAUGCUGAAAUGACCAGUGCAGCCUGUGAUGUCAAGGAUGCUGCUCAGCUGCCAAAGGAUGCUCCAGUCCCACCAAGGCCCAUCCCAGCUGAGCAGCUUGGAGUUGACUCCAGCAAUCAAACUCCAUCACAGUCUGGGGCUGGCACUGGUGAGCCAAGCACCACUUCCACUGAUGCUGUCCCAGGAACCCAGAACAACGUGCGAGAUCUCACUCCUCAUGCAGGAAGCAGCCGGUCACCUUUGCUCUCUGGCAAGGACAGUGAUGUCAGGCAGAAGGAGGCCCUGGGCAGCUCUGAACAAAGGCCUGUGCAAAGCGAGGGUGUGAGUCAAGGGCAGGCCAGUCCUAAUCAAUCUGUGGUAAAACCAAAGGAAGAAAACGUGGUGGUGCUUGAUCCUAAAGGAGGGCUGAAUGCUGGCAGCCAAGCUGCCUCUGUCCGUGCAAAGACGUGCUCGCAGGAUGCAGGUCAGGAGGGGAGCAGAGGCCGCGGAGACAGCGGGCAGGCUCAGAGGGCUGGGGGCCAGAACCUGCAGGCAGGACUGAUGCCUGAGCUGAGUGUGAGUUCUGCAAGUCUUGCCCCUUCCACGGCAGCAUCAGCAGCUCCUCAGCAACAGGGCCUCCAUGCCAGGGAGUCCAGACACGAUCUCCACACUGCGGCAAUUCCUGUUUCCUCUCAGGCUGUGCCGAACCUGGGGGAGAACAAAAAGCACUCCACCCCAGCCAUGGAGGCGAAAGUACAGGUGAAGCAGUCCAAACACGUCAGGGAUGUUGUUUGGGAUGAGCAAGGAAUGACAUGGGAGGUUUAUGGUGCUUCCCUUGAUCCAGAAUCCCUGGGAAUUGCCAUCCAGAACCACUUACAGAGACAAAUACGGGAACACGAGAAACUGAUCCGGGCCCAGAACAGUCAGACACGGAAAUCUAUUUCCUCAGAUACAUCCUCAAAUAAAAAACUGAAAGGGAGGCAGCACAACGUGUUCCAGUCCAUGCUGCAGAAUUUUAGGCGUCCCAAUUGCUGUGUCCGACCUGCUCCCUCUUCUGUAUUAGACUGACAUGGUUUGCAGGGGUGCCUAAAUACCUGCAGUGGUGGAGAGAAUCCCUCCCCUCAAGUCCUGCUGUUUGGUUGUGUAAUUGGGGUUGUGAUGCAACAGUGGAAAAUGAUUCCCCUUUGUUUUCUGACUAGCCACAUGCUCCAUCCUGCCAUUAUUAUUGUCACAGCUGGUAUAUUUCCACGUUAUGCCCCAACCUUGACUGCUGUCUGAUGAAAAGCUAGGCACUUAGCAAAAGCACAAAUUUCAAUUGCCACCUUGCUGCAGGGAGAGCAGCACCUUCUGAUAAAGCAGGAAGCAGAGGGAUUGUCACAAUUAUGGGAAUUUAUUUAUGUGCGUUAUGAGGUCUUACUCAAAGGGAUGGACUGGGGGGAGCUGAGGGAGGUUGAAAUAAGGUUCAACAGCUGUAAGGAUGUAACACAAGCCAACUUUCCUGGAUUGUAAGUUACCUGUGCUGAGGCAAGUCCACGAACAGGCUAUGGACAUUGGCUCGCUUCUGUUGAUACUCAGACGAGCCCCAGGGAGCCCAGUCUUCCCCUCCUGUUGAAACGCAGAACCAGGCAAAGAAUGAGGAUCAAGACUGAAGGAUUCUCUCUUUGGGAGAAGCUAAGUCAGUAGGAUGUUGAUGGCCAGAAGGGGAGGUGAGAGAUGCUUUUUGUCCUCUGCAGUGGCCACUCAAGUUACAAGCCGUCGAGGCACAGGAGGGCGCAUCAGUAGAUGGACCUGCAUCCAGCAGGAUGGUGCCCACCCUUACUCUGGUACUCCUGCCAAGUCUUUAAAAAGCAGGGAGCCAUUCUGCCUGCUCAGGUGGGCUGGGCAGCCCCUGCUCCCAGCCUCCCAUGGCGCUGAGCACCUCUCUUCUAAAUCACUCUUUAAAGUGAUGUGGAUCUUUCUUCUCUCUCCAGACAUGCACAGUAAUGUUUUCCCAUAGCAGCAGGCUUUCCUGUGCAUUGGGGUCCAUGAGCCUCUAUGUCUAGUGUGUUACACUGAUUUUUUUUCCCCUUUUAAGUCCUUAGUGAACUUUACUGGUUUUUUCAGUAUUUUGGUGCUUUUCCUGCUGCCUUUCAUAAUCUGAAUACCAUUUAUUUAGCCUGUAUGUUAUUUUGUUUUACUUAGCACUCUAUAUUAUGAACCAUUAUACUGUUAACUUGAAAAAUUUUCAGCAGUACUGAAAUCUUGAGACAAUCUUUGCUGUAUUUCUGAAUUUAGUUGUAGAAACUGCUAAUAAAAGGUAGCUUAGUGACUGUUUCUCCAGAGGUAUGAUAUACAAUAAUGUCUCAAAUAUAUGUUGGUCUCAUUUCUCAAUAAUAUUUUUCAACUUGGGAAAUGUGUUUCCCAGUAGCUUUGUAUUUUGUCCACUAGAGUUCAUUAUGGGAGGCUGGGGAACUCCUGCAGUUUGUAGAAAAUUUAGUUAUUAAUCCUGAAAAGCACUGAUGAUUUGGAUAUUGUAAUCCUGCAGAGUACUAGAGUUAAAUAGGAGAUACUUUUAGCCCAUUAAAAAUUUUCCAUGAAUCACGAUGAUAAUUUAUUUCUGUCUCUAGUACCACACACCUGACUUACUCUGUAGAUCUUACUGUUACAACUUACUCUAAAUCUUACAGGUUUACACUGUGUAAAUGAGUAUUAGUAUCUUUUUUUUUUCCAUAUGAAGCAAACCUGAAGUGGUCCCCAGUUAUUUAGGAGGCCAGACUUCUCGAGUAUAUCAACUGCCAAGCCUGCAUAGUAGCUGUUUGGGGGCAAUUUUUCUCCAGCAGAAAAGUAAAAUACUGUAACAUACAGCAUUUUAACCAAGUGCAAUGAAAAGUGUUGCCCCUAAGCAUAGUACUGAAUUGACUCCUAGUUUUCCUCAGAUAUAUACCAGGGGGCUUUAUGUCAUGUCCUUGUUCAAUUUCUGUAUGUUAUUUCAAGUCCUCUCCUACUUGUGUUGCUGAGCUUUUAAUUCUGAAACACCGCAUUAGAGAGAAUCUUCCCACUUCUGCGUACCAGGAGGAAAGUCUACAACCUUUUUUGUGUUAGUACUGCUGUUUCCACCCCCUUCCUAGCAGUGUCUGAGGUGUGAGUUUCACGUGAAAUUUUGUGUGGGAUUAGUAUUGACAGUAUCAUUAGGUCAGAUUAGUUGACAAGUUCAGUGUCUCUUCCCACAUUGUGUCUGUGUCAGCCAUGCUGAGGUUCCCCGAGUUUUCUGCAGUUUUUGCUGUGUUCUGUCCAGGUCCAAAGCUCUGUGAUGCUCCUUUUGCCUCCCUUCUGCCCUUCUCUUGCUAGCUGUUGCCCAGCCUGUCUUCCUGUGAAGCCGUGUCCCUUGGCUCAGCUCGCGUCCCCCUCUGCGUUCCCGUUGCUGUAGCUGUGAGCCAGCUUACUCUGAACUGUCCCUUUACAAAUAUGCUCAGUCUGAAUAUACAAAUGGAUUGUCCUAUUUUUUUUCCUUCCAGAGGAGAAUAAACAGCUAUCAUUCAUUCACUGAUUUCCAUGAAUUUUAUCCUUUAGCUUCAGCUCUGCAAAAUAUUUCUAGGAUAUGGGUAGUGGUUGCUUUAUUGAGGCCAAACUGGGCUUGGCAAUGAAUGAGCAGGAUGCUGGGGCAGCACUGGACUUAUUGCUUCUUUGCAAGGAGUGAGAGAUCUCCCCUGCUUCCUUGCAGCUUCUUUCAGCUGUGAGUCUUCAGUAGCUGGUCCACCCUUCCUUCCCCACACCAAAUUACCUUUCUUCUAGGAAAAUCUCACCAGUGCAUCCAUAUUACAAAGCUCUAAUGGACAAGUUACUGAGUGGAUGCACCUGAACACCUGCAUGGGCAUUACUGAAACAAAAUGUAGUGCUCAGCCUGUGUUCUGGGCAAAUACGAGUGCAAAGAUGCAAAUUGUCCGUGGCACUGUCUGGUGGCUGCAGAAGUCCUGUAGAUGUGUGUUGGAAGCCAAGCAAUAAAGUGCCAAAAGCCAACAUAUAAAAAUGAGUCGAUAAUCACCAGCACAUCUCAUGGAAAAUAUUUUAGGUUUUGAUUGUGGCUUGCUAGGGCAGACUGUAGGCAACCUGCUAGUUUAACACUGGUGAUUAGUGCUUUCUCCUGCAUACAAUGUCUAGGUGACAAUGUGAGUCCUCACUGACGACACAACAGCAAAACAACCACGGUGGGAGUAGCAAUUAGCAGAUAUUAUGCAUUUGAGUGGGCUUGUAGCAGCCAAGAAAGGCUGUUCUUGGUGUCAUGUCAGUCUCAAAAUUUGAAAUCUGCUUGGAGUAGUGAUAGGGCAGAGAGUAGGGGGAGAUGAUCCAUGUGCCACCAUCCCAUUCUUUUUCUCUGCCCAGUGACUCAGAAUCACAUUGUAUUAGUUGGAUGGGUAAUAAUCAAAGAAAUCCAUUUGGGCUAAUAAAAAGAGGAUUCAGAACAGAAAAUACUUGGUCAUUCCCAAGAGCAAAUCUAUAUUAAAAAAAAAAAAAAAAAACAACCACCCAAACCUGUGUUGCAGCCUAGCCAUUUGAAGUAACUUAAAUUCAUUUUUUUCAAGAUGAGAGAUUUUGGGAAAUAAGCUCAUUGUCAGGAAACCUUUCCCUGUCAGUCACAUCUUCUAGGAAGGCUGAUGUAGCAAGAACCAUUAAUAAAAGCAGUGAAUACGAAUGGAAGAUUUCUAAGUUUCACUUAUGGGGCUUUCUAUUUGCAAAGAUGAGAAUAAGCACGUUUCAGUGUUGCCAAUACAACCCCUGAGUUGAAGGAGCAUCUUAUUGCAGGCAAUUUGCAAUAUAGGCCUGGAUUUCAUAUAAGGCUGUGAUAUUCAUCUGUGUGCACUUGGUUGGGAUCUGCCAGCUUUGUGUUGUUUAGGCAGUACUGCUGAAGUUCUGACUCAUUUCUGCUGACUUAGUGUGGAAAAAAAGAGUGGGGAAAGAGGUGAAGAGACAAGAAGGGGAAUAUCUGUCUCCUCUAUUUCAGGAGAACAAAACAUUCUUUUGAAUACAGAAGAAGAAAUUGCUGAGAAACAUGGGGAGGGAAGGACAAAAAGAUAAGUAAAAUUAAGUUGGUGUAGGUGCUUCACAAUGAAAUCCCAUUCCUAUGUCUGUUUUUCCCACUUGUUUUCUGACCUCACAGGCAUCCCAUGUCUUUUAGGAAAAUGAGUAUUUCCAAAAGCUGUAUAUUUUGCUAGUAUUUAUAGAUAUAUCCAAAUAAGAUUCAGCAAAACCUCUAAGCAGUCAACCUGUUUAUUACUGCCACUAAAACAUAAGAGGUUGUAAAAUGUACCAUUUGAAGAAGUGUAUGGAAGGGAUUAAAAAAAUUGAAUAUAUGCUCCAAAGACAGCACUAGCUUUUCUCUUGAGUUUCAUUACUAUGCUGAAGUGUUAAAGUUAGAAGUGGAGAUCCAAAUUAAAAUCAGUGUUGAUGAGGAAUUCAAAUUGGCUGCCACUGAUUUUCAGUUUGGAAACUUCAUGGAAUGUACCAUAUCAGUGUUUCCUUAGUUAGCUCAGUAUAUGCAAGGUUUGUAUGAAAGUACAAAUUUUUUUAACUUAUUAGCUCCAUUAUCUUGUUCUGUGUCUAUCCUUCUACACCUUUUAAAAAUUAACACAAAAUGCUACCACAACAGAGUAAUUUAGGCACUCAGCUUGUGGGAAUGGCUGCUCUGAAGGACAGACAACUGAUUGUCAGACUCUGUGGGCUUAGAAAAUUAAGGGCUGUGGUCUGAAGGAAACUCUUCCCUCCUUCUCCCUAACUUCCUGUUUCAGCAACCAAUCUCUGCUGGUUUAUUUUUUGGUGUCUCUGUGAUGCCUGUAUGAGUGGUCAGUAUUUUCAUUUGUCCCAAAGACAUGCAGGUAGAUCCUUACCCAAAUACUGCACACUACGAAAUAUCUCUGGUGCCAUUGGACGCUGCGGUGUGACCUGAAGGUCAGGUCCAGUAACUUGAACUGGUUUCAAUAUUCUCUUAGGGGCCUAAAUUAUGCCUCUUGAGUCACUGUAGAUGUUUAAAAGGAGCAGCUGAAUUGAGCCAAGCUGAUUGUUUUUUUAAACUCUGAGAUUUAUUGGGGUUUUUUCUGCUUUGUGUUUUUCUGAGUAGCUCUUCCUUCCUAGAGUUUAUAGAUUUUGCAUCAAAUCCUGGCAAAGAAGAUUUUGCGAAGUGAAACCUACUUUUCAUCAUUCAGGCUUCUUUAAAGAAAAGUGAUAUUAUUACUGAGCCAAAUCACACAGAGAGGAAAUAUUUUUUCCUCUAAAAAAACUUCUGAUGUAGGUAAGCUUAUGUGUGUGUGUGUCGCUAUUUAAAAGGCGAGUACAUGUGUGCAGGUCUCAUGCAUCACUCAUGCUCUAAUAUGAUUUUUUUUUCCCCUUUGCCCUUCUGAUGGAAUGCUGGAGACUUAGCAUCUUCCACAACCUUGAGGCAAGUUUAAAUCUUUCUCUGGUCUCUAAAAAGCAGACUGUGGGUGAUAGGAAGCAUCUGAUCUCCUUAGGAACACAAGCACAUCAACUAAUCCCCAUUUGAAAUAUCAGGCCUUAAGUUUUUGUUAGCUUUCUGCUAAGACUGACACUCUAAGUAGAAAUAAAUGACAAAUCUGCCUGCAAAGUCUCCAGUAAUUGCUGCAGAAUAUGAGUCUCUCAGAUACUUCUCAACAGCUCUGCUGUAGGAGGUGAUCCUUCUGAUGGAGGGUCCUUCUGACACUUCCUUUAGCUCAGUUCACAAUCAAUAGUUUCAAGUACAUCAAAAGCAAGGUUAGACACUGCCCUGAGGAAUUUCCAUAAAAUGGAAGAGAACCAUUUGUGUGUUUGUGGCAUAUAAAAUCACCGAGUCUGAGUUGUGAAGCAAAGGUCUCAGUGACACUGAAGAGUACUGGGAACUUCUGCCCAGAAUUAAAGGUAGGGAGUGUAUCUGAACUGUUAAUUUCAAAAAACUAUGGCCAUGAGUCAGCCAGCAUCAGAAGAAAACCAACUUGGAAGCUUCUAACAAUAACUAAUAUUAUUGUGGCUUUAUUAAUUUUAUAGUUACACUGAUUAAACGUGAUGUACUGUACAAAAUAAAGCUAGUCUUAGGCUACCAGGUGUACCAUGGCAUUCAUUUGAGACUACCAACAGAAGUUUGCAUGUGAAAAGUCUUAAAGUGAUACUAAAGCAUUGUUACCCACCUGAUUGAGUCCCUUAGGAAUUUAAUGUUUUGCUGUUUUACAUCUGGUUUCCAUGCUGAGUACAAUAAAAUGAGCACUGUCUUAAUUA